CAAAAAACAGGAAAAAGGAAAAAAGAGCGGAGCAUCCAAAUAUCGGAUAGAGAACAAAUAUCAGGGAGCGGGGGAAUCAUAGAAUGGGAGAGGAGAGAAAGAGAGGGAAACUGGGGCACAAGCACAUUAGUGAUACACAUUAACAUCGGCAAGCAGGAGCAAAGGGAGGAGGAGAAGAAGAGCGAGGAGAGGGGCAGAAGAAGCGACAAGAGCGGGGGAAAGUGCUGAUGGCAGAGGUAGAGGUGUGAUGGUGCACGGUGCCAGGACCCGAUAGUGACUCCUGCCCUUGUUUCCUCCUUCCUCUCUGACCCUGUCCCCUCCUCCUUCACCCUUCUCUCCUCUCUCUCUCUCUCGCUCUCUCUCUGUCUUCCCACAGUCGGACCAAGGAGAGUGGAGCGGCUGGGUUGCAUCUCUCUGUCUGUCUCUCUUUCGCUCCCUGCCAUCCCUCUGCACUGUCCUCGGCUCCUCCGAUUGUCAUUCUGCAGCUGAAACCCUGUGAGAAAAUUCCUUGAGCUCGGCAUCAGAGGCAGGACACAGGAGAAGGAAAGACCGGUCGGGGAAUAAAUUGGGGGUCCCUCAAAGAACUGAGGAGUCUUUUGUUCUUUUCAGGCUUUUGAUGGUUGACCUGUUCCGCUGCCUCUCUUCUACAAAGAGAAGACUUAAAAUGGAAGACUUGUUGUGAGAGUAAAAGGUUUUGCAGCUUUAUUUUGCUUUAUUUUACCCAGUAUUUGGAAGUGAGCAACUGAAGACUUAAUCCAUUUGCAAAGAAAGACAAAAGAACUGCAAAAGAAUUGACUUCGAAUAAAAGAGGACGAGACGCUGAAUCAGCUCUUUGAGACUUCAGGUUGCCCCUGCCGGUCUCUCCAUUUCCACUCAAUCUGUCCCAUCUAUACUUUUCUUCUUCGUCUCAAGCUCUGCUCCCUCGACUACAGCUCAGCCAUGCAGGUGUCCAUCGCCUGCACGGACCACAACCUGAAGAGGGGCAAUGGGGACCACAGCAAGCAGAGCGCCACCAGCCCCAACGUGGUGAACCAAGCCAGGGCCAAGUUCCGCACCGUAGCCAUCAUUGCUCGCAGCUUCGGCUCCUUCACUCCACGCCACAUUUCACUCAAGGAGUCAACGGGGAAACACACUGGCAUGAAGUACAGGAACCUUGGAAAAUCAGGUCUCAGGGUAUCUUGCUUAGGACUGGGUACAUGGGUGACAUUUGGGGGACAGAUAACAGACGAGGUUGCAGAGAAGCUAAUGACUAUUGCCUAUGAGAGUGGAGUCAACCUGUUCGACACUGCUGAGGUCUAUGCAGGCGGAAGGGCCGAAAUCAUUCUCGGAAACAUUAUCAAGAAGAAAUGCUGGAGGCGCUCCAGCUUGGUCAUUACAACUAAACUCUACUGGGGAGGAAAAGCAGAGACAGAGAGAGGACUUUCAAGGAAACACAUUAUUGAAGGUCUAAAAGGCUCUCUACAAAGGAUGCAGCUGGAGUACGUAGAUGUAGUUUUUGCCAACCGCCCAGACAGCAAUACUCCCAUGGAAGAGAUUGUUCGGGCCAUGACCUAUGUGAUCAACCAAGGCAUGGCGAUGUACUGGGGGACGUCUCGGUGGACGGCCAUGGAGAUCAUGGAGGCGUAUUCGGUGGCUAGACAGUUUAAUCUGAUCCCUCCAGUGUGUGAGCAGGCAGAGUACCAUCUCUUCCAGAGGGAGAAAGUAGAAGUGCAACUGCCUGAACUUUACCACAAAAUAGGAGUUGGGGCGAUGACGUGGUCACCGCUGGCGUGUGGCAUCAUCACGGGAAAAUAUGAAAACGGCAUUCCUGAAUCUUCCAGGGCAUCCAUGAAGUCGUAUCAGUGGUUGAAGGAGAAAAUAGUAAGUGAGGAUGGAAGGAAGCAACAAGCCAAGCUGAAAGAGCUCAACCACAUUGCAGAGAAGCUGGGCUGCACUCUGCCUCAACUGGCUGUCGCGUGGUGUCUAAGAAAUGAAGGCGUGAGCUCAGUUCUUCUGGGAACAUCCAACCCUGAACAGCUCACUGAGAACCUCGGGGCCAUACAGGUCCUCCCUAAGAUGACGUCUCAUGUGGUGUCUGAUAUCGACCACAUCCUGGGCAACAGACCGUACAGUAAGAAGGACUACCGCUCUUAGGCCUGGCAGGUGGACUACCGAGAGGUCAGCCUACCUACUCACCUACCUACGUAACCAUACUGCUACCAUGGACACACCGUUCAAUGUUAAAGUCCACGGUCCUCUCCUUGGGCCCCACUCAGUUCCAGUCCACUUCAGCCUGGAACAGAGAGUCUUGCUAAGCCCAGCAUUGCAUACCGUAACCUUGUCUGUUUGAGACUCAGCUCCACCAGGUUCAUCUCAGGUCCAGUCCAGCUCAGCCAAGAGACACUGCUUAAAUUCAGCUUUUUGCAGCCUCAAACGCAACUUAGCUCAUUUGAGUAAAUCAAAACUUUGUGCUCCCCAACCAAGGUGUUAACCCUUUCAGCACCUGUUCAUUCAAAUAUAACUAUGCAGAACUUAGUCUUGCCCAUGUUACAGUUCAUAUCCGGUGCCAUGCUGACAACACCCAGAGCAUUACAACUCCAAACACAACGCCCUCAUCAAGAAAUGUAAUAGAUAUUUCCACUUCUAUUAGAUGGCCAGGUAUGCUUGAACAGCUCCUAAUAGUCUGUGACACACAUUUAAAACCAUUUCACACAUUUACAGUUUGAGCAGCACAGUAUGAAAAGCAGUGCAGGAGUAUUUAAAGCAAAAGUGCCUUGCUCAAGGGCAUCUUGACAGUAGUUGCUGAGUGAGACAGUUAUGUUACCUAUUCACUUCACCCACUCACGUCCGAUGACUCAGACCCUCGAGUCUCUAGCCUUCCUCUCUAAUGUCCAGACUUCCACCCACAAGUAAUUUAAUUUGAGCACAAAAUUCAUAUUGAGCACAUAUUUUAUUCAUGAGAAAUAAUCGAUGCAAGCACCUUAGACUUAUAACUCAGAGAUACCUUAGGAAAGGGGACACAAAGAAGCUUUAGUUGCAUGAACGUCCCCGUCAGUUAGUCAGUGAUUUUAUAAAAUUGCUAUGCAGUGCAGCAAAUAAUAUUACCAUAUGAGCUCAAUACUUUCACCUCUUGUGUCAGAGGUGCACGCUCAAGUCGUAGGAUAAAAUAUCUCGUUUAUUUUCCCAUGAAAUGUGAGGUUUAGCAGUGACAAGGUGACCUGCUCAAACUUCUUGAAAAAUCAAGCUUCAAGAAUGAGGCCUCAACAAACCAGUUCCCUAUUAGCUUGAAUUAGCUUUCUACUAUCUACCAAAUGUACUCAGUCCAAAUGUACUCUCAUAUUUAGUGUAGUACUGAAAAGUAUUCAGUAGAUAUUAUAGGCUGCAAAUCCUGAGCGUAUUAACCAACAGAUGCAUGUUUCUCCUGCUAUAGUGUGCCUCUCUUUUCUUUUCUACAAAGCACAUAAGUAAACAACACAAAGGAGUUUGAUCAAAAAUACUGCAAGCUUGCCUACCGUCCUUGACCGCCUGUGAAGCAGAGGAACGUCGGUGUCAGAGGGACUCUGUUAGAGGAGAGAAUGAAGCAUGUCGCCCCUGUGUGGUCUUUUUGAUGAACCGCUUCACUAGAUAAUAAGAGAGAGAAAUAACGCUUUGCAAAAACAAACAAAAAAAAGUGGACUACUUUUCUCUCAGUUUGCAUUUAUUAUGGAGACAUUUGACUCCUUUUCCUGUGAACAGAACCUGCACUGCUGAUUUUCCUCAAUGAAUUUGGCAGAAAAUGACUUAAAGUAAAUAUAAUACAUCUUUGUAAUAAAAGAAUGACUGCCCUCCUGGCCGGUUGUGGCUAUAGUAACUACGGAAACUGCUUGCUAAUGGCACCAAGAGGCUUAUAGACAAGGUAUCUGGGAUGUGGCAAAGAUGACAGUGUUUAUUUUAGAGUAGUUAAUAAAUAUGAGCUUUAUUUUGACA